AUGUCAACAGCAGCGAUAUCUGCCGCACCGGGUGGAGCGCACGAGUCGGGGUCGACGUCGACGAAACGGCGGUCUUUGUUCAAACCGAAUACCUGGAAGAAGAGCGCUCGGUCGCAGGCGCACGAUGCAGUGAAACCUGCUGGAGUGGAUUCUCCUGACGGAGAAGCGGUGACGGGUGUGCGGAAUGUUGAUGGAGUCGAGACGGGUGCUCCCUUGACGAGCUUGGUUGCUUCCUCUCCCGAGGUGAAGAGGGAAGGGAAGGGUGUGGAACGAGAAGCCGGUCUCGGUACAGCGUUCGCCAACCCUGCACCGCUGACACCUGCACCCAAACCAUCAUCUACACCACCUAAGUCAUCGGAAUUGGCAUUCACGACCGACGCACUGGGUCGAAUCCCCUUCUUCCGUCAGGAUCACCCCAACUUCCCCCUCUCCAACUCCUCCCCCUCCUAUCCGGUCGUCUACAACUCCGUCCGUUAUACAACCGCUGAACACCUCUUCCAAUCGCUCAAAUUCCCGUCGAAUCCCGAGAUCGCUUCGAAAGUUCGUCGUGCAAAGACUCCGCUGGAUGCGAUGCGCAUCGCUCGAUCCCACACCUCCCUCUACCCAGCAGGGUGGUUUUCCGAGGGACUCAAUGUCAAGGUCAUGCACGAUGUGGUGCUCGCCAAGUUCUCCCAGUGGCCCAGGUUGAGGGACGCGCUGUUGGAAACGGCCGAUGCAGAGAUCUCCAACGUCAGCCCUACGGACGUCUUCUGGGGCACGGGUGAGGGAGAGAGGGGAAGGAACGUGCUGGGAAAAGUGCUGAUGGAUGUUAGGGAGGUGCUGAGGAGGAAUGCGGGUGUGGGGUACGGGAGUGGGGCAAAGACGAUGUAG